CCUUCUCUUGGCUGAUUUCACGUAUCUUCUUCCGGUGACUUGUGUUUUGAGCUGGCCUCGCGAAAAGAUUUCCUCGGGAGAACUUUUCCAGACUCCUUUCCUUAACGGAGUUUCAUUUUGGUCGAUUUCGCCGAUCUUCAGCCAUUCCCUCUCUUUUGCCCGCUGGAUUUCUCGCUACAGGGAUGCCUUCUCUUAGUCGAUUUCACCAAUCUUCAGGCGACUUAUGUUUUGAGCUGGCCUCAGGAAAACUUUUCCAAAACCCUUUCCCCAGCGGAGUUUCAUCUUGGUCGAUUUUGCUGGUCUUCAGACUUAUAGGAAAGGUUUGUCAGGGGCAUCCACUCAGCUCUCCUACUUUUCCUCCAAAAGGUAGAAGAAAAUCCAAGUCAGAUGUCAGAGAAAGAUUUGGCUCUCAUGCAGGUUCAUUUGCACUUGGGAUUGGAGGAUUUCCAAAGAAACUUAAUGCGACAAUCCCGACAGGUGAUUUUACUAAAUUGGAUUUUGAAGCCUACAAUGGGCCUUCCAGAGGAUAUAGCGUUCUUUUCAAAGUUAAGAAAGCCUAAUACUGCUUAAAGAAAGCUUUGGUUUCACGUAAGCAAGAAUUAGUGUACACUCAUCUUGAGGUAUAGGACUCGAUACAGUUCCUUCUCUUCUGUAUUUUUCCUUUUCUUUCUCAAUUGAAGAUUAGUAAGUAUAGGACUUGUUUAUGAUUAGUUGCAUUUGUUCUGUGUUUCCGAAGCCUGAAAAACCUUAGCAAUUACUAAGUGUCAAAUAUUAAGUUUCGAUUAUUAUAGCAUAGAAAAUUUCCCUAUAGAGGCUUCUAUACAAACCUUGGUUUUGCC